UGAAAACGAAGAGUUCUCUCUCCUCUCAUCUGAGAUCUACCAGAGGUUGCACAUUGCAGUGCCCACUUUCACAGAUUCAAUCCCUCUCCAUUCCCCGAAAACCAAUAUUAAUAAGUUAAAUUUAAAAAGCUUAAACACAAAGCAAUUGCAUCUAUCUAUAUAAUCCUUCACUGCAAUUUUCGGGGGUGCAUUUGGGAUUUGAAUCAUGUGGGGCAACAUUGCCAAUUUGAAGGAGAAUUUGGACAAGAUCGCUCUCGAUGUUCAUGACGAUGACGACGACGAGAUUCUCCACAUGUACGCCGCCGGAAGUCCUGCCAACGGCGACAACUCUGCCAUCUCCGAUCGCCGGAGUUCUCACGGCUCCGCCCAUUCCAAAUCGGGAGUUAGGUCACCGCUCACAAAUGGCAUCGAUCAUGCUUCUGUUUCCGAGAUAGAACAAUACAAAGCAGAAAUCAAGAAACUUCGCGCUUCUGAGGCAGAAAUUAAAGCAUUGUCAGUUAAUUAUGCAGCUCUAUUAAAAGACAAAGAGGAUCAGAUUGUUAAAUUAAAUAAAGAAAAUGGCUCUCUGAAGCAGAAUUUGGAGGCCACAAGUGCUGCUCUAAGUGUCUCCAAAAUUGAAGGUUCUGGAGCAUCUUCAAAUGGUGCUUAUACAUUCAGGGGAAGUAGUGACCAAUCACCCAAUCGACAGCAUAAGUUUAACAUGCAACGGAAAAAUCGUUAUGCUAUAAACAAUGGAACCAUGUCUUCUUUGGAAUCUGAUGCUGUUCAAAGUAAGAUGGAAUUUCAACUUUCAAAUUUACAAGGAAAUUAUAAGGAGCUCGCAGAUCUGGUUGAUGAAAAUACCACAUUAGCUAUACAACAAUCGCCAGAUAUACAAAAGUUGAAGAUAGAAAUAGAGCAAGAACGUGAUCAAUUGGGAAACAUUCGUCUAAAAUUCCAAGAGGAACAGAAAUUGAACAAAUCUUUUGGAGAGGAGCUUAAAAUAUUAAAGUUGGAAAGAGACAAAACAUCGAAGGAGAUGAGUAAAAUACAUAAUGAAUUGAAUGAGAAGGUAUCAGAAAUAAAGCAUCUGCAAUUUGAGUUGACCAGACGAGAAAAUGAGGCAGUGGAGGCUAUGGAUGGCUUGAAAAGACUUAUCAAAACCUUAGAGGAAGAAAAUACCACUCUUAAGAUGGAAAAGAAUGAAAUUGAGGCUGCUCUUGAAAAUGGCAGGAAGUCUUUCACUGAUAAAAUGAUGCUCAAUGAUGCUUCACAUAUUCAGAAAAAGAAUUCAAGAAGUAUCAGUGAUAUGCCAGAUCAUUCCAAAAGUUUUCCAGGGAAGGAAGAAAUGGAAAAAUCCUUAGAAAAGCUAACUAAAGAUUUGAAGGAAACACUGCAGGAUAAGGACAAAGCAGUACAAGAAUUGAAACGCCUUAAACAGCAUUUACUGGCAAAGGAAUAUGAAGAAUCAGAAAAAAUGGAUGAAGACAGCAAAAUCAUUGAAGAGCUACGUGAUAGCAAUAAUUAUUUAAGAGCUCAAGUGUCGCAUCUUGAGAGAAAUUUGAAGCAAGAAAUUGCAAGUCAGGAGGAACUGAAGAUGGCAAACAGCAGUGAAAUUCUCAACUCUAGGGAGGCCAUUGAUGACCUGAACAAGAAGCUUAGAAACUGUAUGAGCACUAUAGAUGCUAAAAAUAUUGAACUUUUAAAUCUGCAAACAGCUCUAGGACAGUACUAUGCUGAAAUUGAAGCCAAGGAACAUUUAGAAAGGGAGUUGGCAUGUGCAAGAGAAGAAACAGCUAAGCUUUCUCAACUUUUAAAAGAUGCUGAUCACAGAGCAGAUGUAUCAAGGAAUGAAAAAGAAGAAAUUCUAACCAAGCUUUCACUAUCUGAGAAGGCACAAACUGAAUGGAGAAGUAGAGUAAGCAAGCUUGAGGAUGACAAUGCCAAAUUGAGGCGAGCUCUGGAGCAGAGUAUGACACGGUUGAAUAGAAUGUCAGUGGAUUCAGAUUAUCUUGUUGACAGGCGCAUUGUGAUAAAGUUACUUGUAACAUAUUUCCAGAGAAAUCACAGCACAGAGGUUUUGGAUCUUAUGGUUCGCAUGCUUGGAUUCUCUGAUGAGGAUAAGCAAAGGAUAGGUGUUGCUCAACAAGGUUCAGGCAAAGGUGUUGUUCGUGGAGUUCUUGGGCUACCUGGUCGCCUGGUUGGAGGCAUCUUGGGAGGCAAAUCGACUGAAGCAGCUGCAAAUGCAGGGUCUGAUAACCAGUCGUUUGCAGAUCUGUGGGUUGAUUUUCUUCUCAAGGAAACGGAAGAAAGAGAGAGGAGAGAAUCAUCAGGAAAUACAGCAGGUAAUGUCGCGGAAGUCGCACAUGAAAAAAGUCCAAAUAUCUCUUCCACUCCACCAUUUUCCAAUCGGAGGUUCGGUACUGGAACUGCAUCUUAUUUUCCAAUUACUUCAAAUGAUCAAAACAUCAGCCCUCCCCCUCGUGGUAAUUUUCAGCAUUAUGAACAUUUUGAUUCUGAGUUCUCAACAGUUCCCCUUUCAUCAUCUGAUGAUAAAACUGCUGUUUCAAACCUGCUUCCGAGAUACUGAAUACACAUUAGAGUACGCAAUUAAACAAAGGUAUAUAUCAUUGCUUCUAAAAAAUUAUAGGCAUGCGUUGUUGUUCAAUUUAAUUCUUUCACAUUCAAAAUGAGUGUCUUUUUUUCACUUAAGGGGGGAGAGGGAACUUCCAAAGUCUUUUUCUUUCCAUUGGCUUCGGCAUCUCGUUUGACUUCACGUAUAUAAUUUUGGAAUUUUGGAAAAUUAUCCUGAAGUAGAUGUCAUAUAACAUCGUUUCCAUCUCUUUAAUGUAUAUAUGAUACAAUUUAUAUUUCAACCAAUUCGCAGUUAUAUAUAUUCUCUAUUUUGU